AUGACGUAUCGAAUAUCUUCAAUACCAUACAUAUCCGCUCCGGCAACACCUCAGGCCACGGCGGACGUCAUGGACGACCUCCUCGAGAGCUUCCUCGCGCUGCGCGUGCUCGCCAUGCUUCCCGCGGCGCUGACGCGUGUUGUGUACCGCAAGCGGUUGGCCAAGCUCGUCAACAUCCGGCGGCGGCAGGAGGAUCUGUACUUGCCGCUCGUCGACCUCUGGCGCCAGGCGAUAGCAGGAGGAGGAGCUCCGGCGUACGUGGACACGCUGAUCGAGCUCAUGGUCCCCGACGAGCAGGACGGAAAGCGGAGGCUCCUGACGGACGGCGAGGUCGUGGCGCUGGUGUCGGAGUUCCUUGGCGCCGGCACGGAGCCCGUGUCGGCGGAGCUGCAUUGGAUCAUGGCGAGGCUCGUGAAGCUGCCGGGCGUGCAGGCGGCCGUCCUGGGCGAGAUCGAGGCGGUGGUGGGCGCAGACGCCGAGCAGGUGGACGAGGAAGCCCUGGGAAGGCUGCACUACCUCAACGCUGUCAUCAUGGAGACGCUCCGGAUGCACCCAACCGUGCCGGUCAUGCAGAGACAGGUGACAGAGGACGACGACGUCGCUCUCGACGGGCAGCGCAUUCCGGCGGGGACAGCGGUGAAGUUCCCGGUGGAGAGGCUGGCGCGGAACAAGGCGGCGUGGGCUGACCCGGACGAGUUCCGGCCGGAAAGGUUCCUGGCGGGCGGCGAGGGCGAGGCCGUCAACCUGGCGGUGGCUGUGCCCGGGGGGCAGAUGAUCAGGAUGAUGCCGUUCGGGGUCGGCCGGAGGAUGUGCCCUGGCUGGAGCAUCGCGGUGCUCCACCUGGGCUACUUCGUCGCCAACCUUGUCAGGGAGUUCCAGUGGGCGGAGGCGGAGGGGGAGAUCGACCUCCAACCGCGCCUUCGUGGCCUCGUCACCGUCAUGAAGCGCCCGCUGCGUGUCCGCCUCAUGCCUCUGCGUCACAAUACUUGUUAUUAA